GCAGGUAGUACAUUUUCUGCUCAUCUAGUUUGUCAAAAUCAGCGUGGGUGACUCCAUCGGGGUCGAGCUGUAUCUUUACUUGCAAUAUCUAGUACUCAAACGCACAGGAUCCCAUCCAGCACUCACACUUAUUAUGCAGGUAGUAACGUCAUGGGGCAGAUCCCCUCGAACUCUGAGCACAUUGUAUCGAGUCUUGAAAAGCCAAAACGGAUGCUGCAAAGCCAAAACAGAUGCUGCAAAGCCAAAACGGAUGCUGCAGGCGACCAUAAGGUUGCCGCGCUCAUAUUCCACAUGCACCUUCGUUCAUAGCUAGCGGAGCGGACUUUCGAUGAUUGCGGUGCUUACGUUGCUUGGCUAAUUAAGACCACAAUGCUGAAAGGAGAAGUCUUAUGAAGAAGCAUUAAGAGAGCCUUCAGAUGCUAGGGUUCGCUGGUCCCUGUCGACUUAUAAUGUACACAUUCAGAUACCGAAUGCGAAUCGGGGUAGCAACUGUUGGGGCAUUUAUUCUUUUCUGAUCGCCAGGUAGGGUCAAGGAUGGAAAUUUCAUGGUUCGUUAUAAGGGUAUUCAAUUGUAG